AUGGUUCCAGGUGUUUCAAGUAAUUUCGAGUUGUCUAAACACGAAAAGGUCUGCGAUAUAUAUAUACAUAUAUAUAUAUAUAUAUAUAUACAUACAUAUAAGCCAGCACAUUCAUAUAAUCGUGAUUUGUUAAUUCUGUUGGAUUUUAUCGGCUUUUUUCAGGCAUUCAGUUGGUUUGCAAAUCCUCGGUAAAA